CGCAAGAUGAUGAUGCAAGCGGCCUUCCUCGUGCCCGCGUUGGUACCGGCCGCGUCCUGCUUUAUUGCGCUGCCCGAGGCGUUCGUCCGGUCGCACCUGCAUCACGCCAACCCCAAUGCCGGCGCAACGGUGCUACAGCUCUCGUGGCACGACGGGCCGGAGCCCAUGAUGGCCCACGUUGGCUGGGUCGGCGAGUUCUCCCAGAGGUAUGCUAUGCAUUUGGCCGAGGCGUUGGAAGUGCCAAUGGAGUUUGGUCGAUGCUUGGGCCUGGCCGAUGCGAUGGAGCGAUCGCCAGGUCUGCGCAUUAGCGUUGCUGUCGCUGCGUUCACGCCCACAGUGCCCAUGGUGCACAUGGAGCCGUGCACGGCGGACGACUGGGAAAUCAUCCAGCUGCACGCUGGGCACCUCGAAAGCGAAGUGCUGCGCCAGAUCUGCGUCGUCCAGAACGGUCAGGAGAUCCCGGUGCGCAUCCAGCAGCACAUGGUUGUCCACCUGCUCGUGACCUUGCCACCGGACGUACCCUGUGCGCGGCUGUCGGCCAACUGCGAAAUUGCAAUCGCCCCAAAGACGCGCACCGUCUUGGACGACCCUACACCGGCUUACUACGACGCCUCGCCGCCGCUGGCGCGUCAACCCUUGGCAACCGCAUUGUCGGAUGGCACUGCCGUCGUGCUGCAGUUGGCGCCGGACGAGGUGCUCGUGCACCCGGCCACGUACGCGCAGCUCGACGGUCCUUCGUCGGGCCUCCGCUGCGUCUCCAUUUGGCAAGACAUUGGCGCUGACAAACCGACAGUGGUGGUGGCGCGGCUGCGCGUGAGCACGUCGGUUGUGCCGCAGUACGUGGCCGUGUCGGACGCGCUUGCGGCCAACUUGGACCUCGCACCCGUCACGCGGCUUUGCCUUCGUGUACUCAAGUGCCCGCCUUUGACGCCGCUCAAGGUCGUUCUGACUGUGCCGUACGAAGCGAAUGAGUGGCUCGAUGCGCUCGUUGCGUGGUGGUCGGCGACCACCGACCUCGUGCUCGAGCCUGCGGGCACGGUACUUCAGCUUCUCGACACGCGGGUGUCGCUCGCACUGCGCCUGCGCAACGAGCCAUUGGAGAAGAACGCGCCGCUGGGUGCCGUGAUGGACUAUACGCUGAUCGCUGCCAUCAAUGCGCCGCGCAACGAAGACGUUUUGAUCCAAGUCGCGCCGAUCCCGGUGCCUGUCGCCGCGACAGUAGAGAAACCUCUGCCGCUCGUGUGGCCGGCUCUCGAGGCGGUUCUGCGGGCCAUUGAGACGCAUACCAACCCGAUCGUGUGCCGUCCCCACGCAGCGGCCCGGGUGCUUCUCGGUGCGCCAACACCACCAGGCUCGGUUCUCUUGUUUGGGGCGCGGGGCGCCGGCAAGUCGGCGCUGCUCAAGCUGCUUGCGCAUCGCGCCUCCACGUCCCAAAACGUCUUGAGUACGACGAUAACGAUCGCAUGUCGCGACCUCCGCGGGCUCAAGAUGGAGUCGGUCAAAGCCAAGCUCCAAGAAGCGUUUGCGCGGGCCCUCCACUUUGCACCUUCUGUGCUUUUCCUCGACGACCUCGACGCCCUCGUGCCCCCCGAAGCCGACGACGGCUCGAGCGUCAAUGACCAAUCGCGUCGCAUCGCAGAGCACCUCGCCGAGCUGCUCAAACAUGUCCGGUCGGUUCAAACCACGUUUGCAAAUCAGCUGCGAUUCGCGACACCGUCCUCGGCGCAGCUCGUGCACGCCAGUACGAAGAAGAGUGUUGCUGUCGUGGCGACAGCCCGCGAUGCAUCGGCCAUCCACCCCUACUUGCGAACGUGCGGUCUCUUUGACCGACCCAUCGAGCUCGCGCUGCCGGACGUCGGGGCGCGGGAGCGCAUCUUGCUCGCUCUUUGGCGCCAAAAACGACCACACGGUAGCGAAGAGCCUCUUGACGCUCAGACCGCGGCCCAUAAAACCGAGGGGUUUAGUCCGCGGGAUCUGCACCACGUCGUUGAGCGCGCGUUGCACCAGCACGCGAUUCAGCAGCGCACCGGGCCGCCCGGCGCACCGCUCGAGUUUUUCGCCGGCCUCACCGACUUUACGCCCGCGGCGCUCCGUGGCGUGGACCUUUUCAAGAGCUCGAUUCACUGGGCCGACGUCGGCGGCCUCCACGAUGUACGCACGAUGCUCAAAGAGACGCUGGAGCUGCCCACCAAGUACAUGAAGCUCUACAAGGCCGCGCCGCUCAAGCUUCCGUCCGGCGUUCUUCUGUACGGUCCGCCCGGUUGCGGCAAGACGAUGCUCGCCAACGCCGUCGCAAGCGAGUGCGGUCUCAAUUUCAUUAGCGUCAAGGGCCCCGAAGUGCUCAACAAGUACAUUGGUGCCAGCGAGCAAGCGGUGCGCGACCUCUUUGCGCGGGCCGCCGCGGCCGCGCCCAGCGUUCUCUUCCUCGAUGAAUUUGACGCGAUCGCGCCCCGGCGGGGCGCCGACAACACGGGCGUCACGGACCGUGUCGUGAACCAGCUACUGACCUUUCUGGAUGGUGUCGAAUCCCGCUUGGGCGUGUACGUGCUGGCUGCCACGAGCCGACCCGACAUGAUCGACCCGGCUCUGCUGCGUCCCGGUCGUCUUGACAAGAGCUUGUACUGCGGUUUCCCGACCAUGGCCGAACGACUCGACAUUCUGAAAGCUGUGGCGCACAAGAUGGACGUGACGGCCGAAGCGGCAGCGUACCUUGCUGUCGUGAGCCAGCACACGGAGCUCUACACGGGCGCCGACCUCCAAGCCAUUAUGUAUGCAGCGCAGCUCGAGGCCGUCCACGAGACGCUGCCGUCCACCACACACGACUGGGAAAUGGACCUCAAGGACGAAAGCGACCAAAGCGUGAGCUUUUCGCCCAAGAAGGACGACGUGGCAGCGGCCGUCGGUGGCGUCUCGCGCAUUCUACAACGCCACGUGGAGAAGGCGUUCAAGGCGUCCCGACCGUCCGUCUCGGUUGACGCCAAGCGGCGCUACGACCACAUGUAUGGGUCGUUCAAUAACACCAAGGCGCCGCGGGUCACGGACUUUUCGACGGCCAGCAGCGACGUGACUGUGGAAGCCCAGCGCUCAGCGCUCUACUAACUCGACUUGCAAAGUUGACGUAAUGUACUGUUUGCAUCCUCU